AUGUCAAACAGUGGGCUAGCGGGCCAGAAAGCCUGCCCGCCAAAACCAGCAACGGCGUAUGCGGCCGUACACACAACGCGGAACGUGCAUGUGCGCGCGUGCGGACGUGUAGGCAGUAGGAUGGCUAGGAGUGACCUUUACACGGCGUUCCAGCGUCCACCCUCGCCCCUCACCCUUUCCGGUGUCAACGCCACGGAGGCAGAUAAGGUGGAGCUGCAGAAUUUCUACCGAAGUCAAAUUCAGUUGAAUUUAGAACGACUGCAUCACUUGGAGGGGCAAUUGAAUAGCCUCCAGUCAACCAGACAGAUCUGGCUCUCUUGGGUCGAGAAAUGGAACGACUUCAGGAAUUCCGCCAGACAGCUUGACGAGGCCAUGACUAGUUCGCGAACGCGCAUCGUGCAAGCACCGCGACCGCAGAGCGUGCCGGCAGUGGAAGCCGCUCUGGCAGAGCACACACGCGAUGGUGACUAUGUCAACCAGCUAAUCGCCGAGGUUAAUGCCAAGGCCAACACCCUCGCCUCACUGGUUGGCGCAGAGCCCACGGCUACGGACGGGCCCUCGCGGGUGCGCCGGUAUGUGGAGGUACCCUACACCACGCCAGGCCCUAGCGAUGCGGAGCUGGCGAAAUCGGUGAGAUCGGAACUCUGCAUUGCCACCGCGGGUCUGGAGAUCCGGUCCAAGGACUGGGAGCGCGUCUUCAACGCACACAAACACACACUUGAGGAGCGUGCCAAGCAACUGAGCAGGAUGACGGAGAUGGAUAAAGUCGAACGUGAUCUUCGGGAUGCAGAGUCAGAAUUUCAGCGCAUCAGCAUCACGGUUAAUCUCGAUUCUCCGAUCACACAAAUUGAGCGCGCCGAUGAAAAUCUCCGCGUUCUUGAGCUUCGAAUACCGGACCUGCAAAGCCGCGUUAAGAGCACGGCCUACCUUCCCAGCAUGCAGUUCAUUCGCGGACCCUCGGAUCUACUAGAGAUCAGUGGCGUAGAUGUGCCGAUGUUGGAGGAGAGGCAACGUCAGCUGGAGACCCGCGUGUCAAAUCUGGUCACUGGAACUGCCAAAUGCCGAACGGAGGUGAAUUUGACACUCCAAUUGCUUCGUGCUGUGCGAGACGCGGAGAACUGUCUCUCGUGUCUGACGAUGGACCUGGGAAGAAGCAGCGACCGCCUGAAGAGUCUUGCACCCGAUGACCAAGUGCAGAUGCGUCAAAUAGUUGCCGACAUUGAGACACAACGAGACCGAGCUCAGAAAUAUGCCGAUCAACACGUGCCACAGCUACAAACGCUUGUCGCUCAAUUCCCAGAUGACCGAGCGCGAAUCAAGGUACAACCAAUAAUUCGACGCUUCCAGGAUUCUACAGAGGCGUUGUCAAAGCUGGUGCAAGAUGUGCGAGUGCGAUCGGAGCGGUUGGUUGACCUCACUCGUCUUCAAGGCCCUGUGGUAGAGGCUGUGGAGUCGGUGGCCAGCCACCAGAUGCAUCUGCCCCGCCCCAAGCCCCCCACCAUCCUUAGGCCGCUAUCCAACAUACAUGUGGUUGAAGGGACGCGAGUCGCUUUGACGACUAACUUCGAUGCUGGUAUUCCACAAGGAUAUCCAGAGACCGUGGACAUUGAGGGCACAUGGCAUAGAGAUGGUCUUCCGGUGACCACCCCCGACUACCGCACGAGAAUGGAUCAGCACUCAGCGAGUCUUACAAUCGAAGAGGUCUUCGGGGAUGACUCCGGCGUAUUCACAUUCCGAUUGAAGACGCCCUUCGGGGAGGUAGAGACCUCCGGUUCUCUGAUGGUCUCAGAGACCCACAAAUCGAUUUCCUCAGCUGACGAGGAAAUGAUAACUCCGACCAAGCGACGCAAACCACAGCAGGCUCCUUCAACUUUUCCACCGUUUGAGGAAGAAACUGGAGAGGCUCCGAGGUUCACAAGACCACUUAGGUCGAUGGAGGUUGGAGAAGAUGAACCCGUGAUGCUAGAAUGCCAGGCAACUGGGAAUCCAGUACCAACGAUCGCGUGGUUUAAGGAUGGCAUCAGCAUUGACAACAGUCCCGAAUACGUUGUUUUCGAAGUGAACGGUUCUUGUGCCAUUAAGAUCCGCAAGACUAAUGCAUCCAUUCAUGAUGGCAACUACACUUGUAGAGCAAGGAACGACCACGGUGAAGCCAUUACUACCUGCCAACUUCACGUCAGGCCCAUUGAACCUCCUCGCAUUGUCUAUCCUCUCUCCGAUAAGCAAGUUCCUGAGGGUCAAUCGCUUGAACUUAAACUCACCUUCAAGGGUACACCACCCGUACGCGCCGAAUGGUACGUCAAUGGUGUGCCUCUGGAAUCCACACAGAGUUCCGCUAUCCCGAACAUUUUUGGUGACAAAGCAAUUUUGAAACUGCCAGCAACAUACCAACAGGAUGUUGCCCAAUAUACAUGCCUGCUGAGAAACCCUGCAGGAGAGGCGAAGAGCUCCUGCCAGGUGGAUUUGCGAUCACGACGCGUCGAGAGGCCAUUGAAUAUCGAGGAUUUAGUUGACGCAGCGUCAGUGCAACCUGCACGCCGGCCUCUUCCACAGUCACCCCUACAAGAUGGAAAGCAGUCACCCAUUGCAAGCUCCCCUAGACUUACAACAGCUCCAGCUAGGCCAGAAUCUUUUGACCAGGGAAAGGUUUCGCCUCGCUCAGUCUACUCUCCGGUCAGUGUGGAGGCUAGACCUCCGUGGAGAGCGACUUCGGUGCCUCCACAAUUCUCCAGUAUCUAUGGGACUGAGCAUCGUAGAGACCUACUCGCACCUAAACGAACAUUCUCGCCUGGUCAGUUGCCCCCGCAUUUCACUCAACCACUGCACAAUGCUGCAGCCACGGAGGGUCAAAUGGUGCGCCUUCAAUGCCGGGUUCUUGGCCGACCUAAGCCACAAAUUGACUGGUACAAGGACGGCGUGUCUUUGACUUCUGCGCCCAAUUACACUGUUCGAUCGGAGGGUGACAGACACUGCAUCGAGUUUAGUGACAUCUACCUAACCGACCAUGGCGAGUACACAUGUGUUGCAACAAACCCUGCUGGCGUGGCGAAAACCUCAUGUCGAAUGGAUGUUGAACCAUUGUCAAGCGGUGAUGAAUCGGCCGACCGACCACCUCAGAUCGUCAAGUCCCUUCCACGCUAUUUGACAAUCAACGAAGGCGAGGGUGUAACCUUGGAGUGCAGCUUUGUUGGACGUCCAGAACCAUCGAUAACGUGGUACAAAGACACAGUGCCUCUUCAGGCAUCACCCAAUGUCGAGAUCUCGCAGGUGGGAUCCACCGCCGUACUGAGCAUGACUGAUUCAAGCAUCCAGGACGCCGGCGUAUACAGGGCUGUUGCCUCAAACCGCGUUGGUGUCUGUCAGUCUGAAAUCCACGUAAACAUCCUACCAGCAGACAAAGGACCCAGACCUAUGGAUGCUUCACCCUUCCAUGAGGGCCCUCCACGAUUUACCAAACCUCUUCGCGACAUUUACAUGGAAACUCGCUCACCGAGACUCUCACGCCUCGAUUGCUUCGUUUUGGGCAUUCCGCGACCGACUGUUGAAUGGCGACACGCCAACCAUAGGAUCGGGCCUGAAGACCGACGCUACCACAUCACCGCUGAUAGACCUCCUGGCGUGCAUACUCUCACCAUUGUUCAACCGAGCCAGGACACUGCUGGUCACUACGAGGUUUUAGCUGAGAAUAUUCAUGGAAGCGCCACGUGCUCAGCUACUGUCCACCUGCCACGCAAAUGGUCCCUUUCCUCACUAUCUCCACAUUCUCCGGUGGUUUACACAACACUGCCCCGUCAAACAUCACCGUGGCGACAGAUUAGCCCGGCUGAUUCGGUGCACGUAAUCCCGACGUAUGCUACAGCGACUACUCGGCGCUUCCUGCGCGAGGUCUCUGAGCCGCCGGAGCUGCGCAGAUACACCUCAACGACACAACUGCACGUCAAUGAACGGCACACCACGCCACCUGUGCAAUUCACUUUCCGUUUACCUCCAGAGAGGGCGAUGAGCAAAGUAGAGGUUCUGCGACCCAUUGAAUCAGUGCCUUCCCCAAGACUGCAAAUUAGGCAUGCUAGCAGUCUCACAGUGCUGAACAAGAUGCGAGUGUGUCCCACAGUCCCGUUGCAGGAGACGACCGUGCAACAUCAUGUUGCCAGUCACCCGCGUCUGUCUCCGGGCUACGUUUCUACCGAGGACCUAAUGCGACCUAUUGAGGUGGUUCCGAUGGUUCCUGUCUACGAGACUCGACAGGUUCUAGAGCCUCUACAGCUCAAACCUCUUAGAAGAACCGUAUCACAAGACAGGUUCAAAGUAUUGGUUGAGGCUCCUAUUUCAGCCCGUCCUGUGCUUGAGUCCAAUAUGGCGACCGAGGUGGUUCACCACAAGACCAUCCAGGUGACCCCCAUAGUUCCGAUCUACCGAACUCAACGGGAGGCCUCUGUAGCCAGCCAACCUGCCUUAGAACCUGGGUACACUAGUGAAGGCGAAUUCGAGCACAACAUAAGUGUCGUGCCGAUGAUUCCAAGCUUCAAGACAGAAACAGAGCGCUCACUGCCUGCUCGUCCUUCUCUAGAAACCGGGUUUGAAUCGAAAACUAGUCUUGAACGGCAAAUGGAGGUUCAAAGGGAGCUAAAAGAACUGCGUUACAAAACGCAAAUGGAGCGACCUGUGCCAGCGCAACCACAACUGUUUCCUGGAUAUGCAACCACAAUGGAUGUUGAACAUUCUAUGGACGUUGUCCCGUUGGUUCAAAAACCGGAGGAACGAUUCCAAACAAGCUAUUCCACCGACGUCAGCGUUCAGUACGUUCCCAUUGAUUUGGUUGUCGAACUUCCAACACCUCCGAAAUUCGUUAAACAUCUCAACAAUGUUGUUGCUGAAGAGGGAUCUCAAGUCAUUCUAGAAGGUGUCGUGAGUGGCAAACCUACGCCCGCCAUUUCGUGGUUCCGAAAAUCCACUCCUCUCACGGAUUCCCCCGACUUUCGCCUGGAAUACUGUCCAGAUGGAACUGUUAGGCUGACUCUUAGAGAGAUUUGUGAAGAAGACAUCGGACCCUAUCGCUGUGAGGCUUCAAAUAUUGCCGGAACGGCAGAAAGCUAUGCAUACUUGACCAUUACUGCUAAAGCAGUGGCUCCAAGGUUCAUUAAACCUCUUGAGAAUACCACCGUUCUGAGUGGGAAUGUCAUACGUUUGACUGUCAAAGUUGACGGGCAUCCGAAACCGGAUGUCAAGUGGACUGUCAACGGUCGUGAAAUCACCAGCUCGCCUGAUUUCGUAAUUGAGGAAGUCGCCGACGGUGUGCAGUCUUUGACGAUUCCGCACGCUCUCAAAACUGAUACCGGUCGUUAUUCUGUGAUUGCAAAGAAUGAGGCGGGAGAAGCCAUCACAUCAGGAAUUGUCACUGUUUUAGGAUCGUGGCCUCCUUCAACUAUGCCAUCACCAAAACUCGCUGGAGAUGAGAUGACCAGGACUGAGGUUACUGUUCCUUUGGCUUCACCGACUCCAGGACCCACAAUUGCACCCACUCCGGAAGCUCCAAAGUUCGCCAAAAUAUUGCCACAAUGUCGAGUGGUAGAGGAAGAAACACCCAUAGUUCUGACAGUAGAGGCCAAAGCUAAUUCGAUGCCUUUCCUGCAUUGGUAUCGAAAUGGGAUUCCUCUAGAAACCGGACCGAACUACAAGAUCUCUCAAUUCGGUCCAUAUCUCGAAAAUGUCAAUGCCAUCCAACCAGAACCAGUUAGAAUGGUAGGUGAACUAGAAGUACUGAGAGCAGCUCCAACAGACGCCGGGUCGAUCGUCUGUGUUGCCGAAAACCCAUACGGUCGCGCAGAGACAACUAUGACUUUGGAUGUGAUUCCUAAACCGGAAUCUCUGCAACCUGUUGUCCAACCUCCAAGACAAGCCAAUCCACAGAAACCCUGGUUCACCAUUCCCCUUCAACCUGAUCUCACCCUGCAAGCUGGAAGUCCGCUCACUCUCACCGCGGAGGCGAUGGGUAAUCCGCUUCCCUUCCUUCACUGGUAUCGUGACGGCCAACAGCUGGAUUCGACUCCUGAACACGAUAUAACCCAGGUGGGACCGGAACUGGCUAAACCUGGGGACCUCUUAGACAGCCCUGUCUCGAUGACCGGUCGCCUUGUAAUAAAUGAACUUUUCCCGACUGACUCUGGCACCUAUCAGUGUGUGGCAGAGAAUUCAGCUGGACAAGCUGAAACCUUUGUAACACUGAAUGUCUUUACGCCACCAGUUAAAAAACAAGGUCAGCGUCCGCAGUUUGUUAAGCGAUUAACUCCAACCGUUCAGUGCAGAGUGGGCGAAACGGUUGUGCUAGAAACAGAAAUAUCCGGCCAACCGCCUCCACGUGUUUCUUGGUACCGCAGCGGAAUUGAAAUCUAUCCAGAUUUCAAGUACCGAAUGGAAGAAAGCCCGAACACUGGAAUAUACAGACUUGUGAUCCAGUCGAUCGAGCAAGAGGACAUUUGUGAGUACACGGUGCGUGCUUCCAACGAGUACGGAUCGGUGGAAUCAAUUACUCGACUUACCCUCAUCCAAGAGUACACCGAGGUGACUCGCAUUGACUUACCUGGGACUCUAGCACCGGUUACUAUGGGAGUUCCCUAUGCACCCACAGAAAGGACGCAGCUAGAUGUCCAAGUAGAGGGGGCGUUUUCUCCCGUUGUCAUGGCUGUGGAGGUGACGAAACCUCUCCAACAUCUUAGUGAAUUAGAGAUGGAAUUAAAGAAAUCACCUAUGGAAUUUCAGCCCAUAAUUGUGGAGUUUCCACAUCCCGACAGAAGUGGUCAACCGGCGGUGUUCAUUCGACGGCUUCCUGACUCUUUAACACUGGAUGAAAAUGUUCCCGCAAGGAUUACCGCUCAAAUGUCCGGCAUUCCAUUGCCUUCCGUCAGCUGGCUGAAGGACGGACAACCUCUCGUGUCGAGCAACAGAGUAUUCACGUCCGUCGAGCCUAACAACACGUUGGUAUUCCAUUUUGCCCAACCAAGGCCCAUUGAUGCUGGAACCUAUACAGCCAUUGUCACUAAUCCAUUGGGUCAUGACUCCUCCUCCGUGCAGGUCAACCUCGGUGCCCUUCCAGAGCCCAAACACGACGAACCCAUACUAGAACUCAUGGGCGUUCCACCGAGCUUCACAAAGGCUCCAUUUCCUCUUCUAUCACUGGCGGAGGGCCAGGCAGAUGUAAUUCAGUCCCCGGGCAUAUUUUCCUCGCUGGAGGGAACUCCAUUAAGAUUUGAAGUUCAAGUUCACGGAGUUCCAGAACCUAAUGUUUCCUGGUUUUUAAAUGAGCAUCCAGUGCACUCCGAUUUUAAGCACAAGAUACUGACACUUCCCGACUCGGUUCAUUGUCUCACCUUGGAGGCGCCAACAUCGCUCACUGAUGGUGGAACCUAUCGGUGUGUUGCCAGCAAUCCCUUGGGCGUUAAGGAGCUUGUUUUCCCUGUUACGAUUGAACCUAAGCCUCAGCAGGUUACUGUUCCGCCAAGAUUCCUAAAGAAGCCUGCUUCUAAAAUUGUUACAGUGCCAGGACAGCCCCUUCUACUUGAAGCUGCUUUCGAGGGAGUUCCUGCACCUGUAAUCUCUUGGCAUAAGGAUGGAAGACUCAUUUCUCCCACUGAAGUUUCAAGUGGCCGCAUCCAGGUUCUUGUCACAGAAAAUUCAACUCAACUGUCUGUCGCUGAGAUCAAACCUGAAGAUGUUGGGACUUGGCAGUGUCUUGCCUCUAGUACUGCUGGGUUGGCGACUUGCCGAACUAAACUAGACCUAGAAGUCCCAAAGCCCGUAACCGAGGAACCACAGAAGAUGCUUUUCAUUCCAAAGAAGCGUACUUCUGUCUCAGGGCCAAGUGACUCACCCUAUCCAGAAAUUAGGCAGGCUCCAAAAUCUCUCGAUGUAGUUGAGGGGAACAGUGCUCGGUUCUCAACAAUGGUAGUUGGAACUCCACGUCCUUUGGUUUGCUGGUACAUCAAUGGUGUCCUUGUACAGCCCACUGUUCCCCUUGAGAUCAGUUCAGAAGAACCUCGAGAAUCAUCACAUUUUGAUGGCCUUCUUCAUCAUCUUGAACUUCGCAACUGUCGACCCGAGGACAGUGGUGUCGUUACGGUUGAGGCUCUUCGUGCUGAUGUUUCAGAGGGCGCUGCGAGGACCGAACCUAAUGCUGUUGUCACUGCAUCGGCUAACCUGAGAGUACUACCUGCCCCUGGAAAGAUUCCACUCCUACGGCCUGUCCAAAAAAUCCCGACCCAACAGACCAAGCCUUCACAACCGCCUGUCAUUAUACAGGGACCUAAAAACGCUGAGGUUCAAGAAGGUUCACCAAUUACUUUUGCCUGUCAGGUGGCGGGAUCGCCAAUGCCUGAAGUUACUUGGAUCUAUAACGGGCAGACUGCAAUUCAACCUUCAGCAAAUUUCCAUCCCAUAGUAACACCCGAUGGAAAAGCCUCUCUUCGUAUUGAUCAUGUUCGGCCCGAAAAUGCCGGUGAAUACAAGAUUCGAGUAACCAAUCAAGAGGGUUCGGUUGAAAAAUCAGCCCGACUCGAUAUAAUAUCUGAUGAAAAGGCACCCGACUUUACAACACCGUUUCCAGAAGAGAUACUGAAACUUCCUGAGGGCACUUCCCUCACACUGGACGUCGAAGCAGUCGGAAAGCCAACACCGCAACUUGUUUGGAAGCGAGAUAGUACUCCAUUUGCUCCAACGCCUGAAAUCCAAAUUACCCAAUUGACCUCCACUCACCAUCGUCUAGAAAUACUUGAACUAUUUCAAACUGACAGCUCUGAAUUCAGUGUCGAGGCGUUCAACAAACUCGGCAAGGCAGUUACAAAGACAAAGUUAAUUGUACUACCAGCUGUGAAAGAGCAGCCUCCGGUCUUCUUAACGUGUCCACCUGAACAGCUCACUGCAUUUGAAACCGCUACUGCUCAGUAA